AUGGAAUUUAAACUCUUAGCGAUUGUUGCAUUUCUUAUCGUCGUAACCGUUUCUUCUGGCUACGAACAUGCUGAAGAACGAUCAGAUGAACAUCACGAGGAAGCUGUUGAUUAUUACGCCCAUCCUAAAUAUGCCUUCAAAUACGGAGUAAAUGAUUAUCAUACUGGUGAUGUUAAAUCACAACAUGAAACUCGAGACGGCGAUGUUGUGAAAGGCUCAUAUUCCUUGGUAGAACCUGAUGGUUCAAUCAGAACUGUCGAUUAUACAGCAGAUAAACAUAAUGGAUUCAACGCAAUCGUCAGCAGAACUCAUUCGCAUUAGUCUAGAAAACUUUUUCUUAUUGGAUUUUCAUCCCUACGAUUGAAAGAAAGCGAAUUUAAUUAAAACGAAGAAAAGAUGUAAUUUCAUUCAGAUCAUUUAAAGGAAAUUUAAAUCCUGUGAUAUUUAUAAAUUAAUAAAAAGAAUUUAUUCAAGAA